AAUUACCCGAACUAACCUGAAGCAGAUUCUUCCCGUCUUUGGAUGAGAAUGCACCCAAAAUGAUCAAGGUGUACCGUGCAAGUGGUGCAGCUUGUGGAGAAGGCAUGAAGAGCCUUUUAGAAAAACUUGAUGACCAAACAUCUGAUGUGCUCAGCUACAGAAAGGCUACUGCUCUUAGAGGUCUGCCCAUGUUUAUGGAUAAACAUUCUGGGAGCCUUCUGAAAGAUUGCCUGGUUUUGUGGCCACAACAGCCUUUAUUUGAUAGGGACAUGGGAGGAAACGGGACAACCCUUAAAACCUCCAGCAGGCUAUGCUGCACUAUUGACGUGUUAGCGCGCGGCGCUAACAACUUAGCGACGUGACAUGUCUCGGAGAAAGCGUAAAAACACGUUGGACGCUUCUUCUGAAGCGGGAAAAUAACACUUCUUCUUAAGCAGAGCACGAUGUCGCCUCGGGUCGUUCACCCUCUGCCGAGCCGGACUGAGCUCGAUAACAUUGACCCAGCACAGCCACUGGGUCGUUGGAGCUGCCCCGUGACUGCCUGAUGGAAAACCAGCGGGUUUCAUCAGACUCAUAAAGUUUCUUGUUUUUGCUGGGGACCCCCUGUAUUUAUGCUCAGAGAGCUGUUUUUUCCCCCCAACACGGGUAACCAGAAAGUUUCUACUCCCUCUUUUCUCUGCCUCCUGAACUCUGUCUGCCCCCCCCAUAUAUGUAUUUUGGUCGCUGCAUCGGUAUGUAUGUGUGUAGGGGAUGCUUGUGUGUAUGUCUGUUUUGUUUUAUCUCUGUUGUGUGUUUAGAUAUACUAUCGCAGUAUUUAAUUUAGAAAAUGCUUUAUUUUGUUACCUUUUUCAGUCUGCCUCUUAAGUGUCUGGGUUUGACUGCCUGCCAGAAUUGACGCGGUUCGCGGAAAAAAUAAAGCAGACGCCGAAAUGAUUGCUGCACUGAGCAGGCUGGCGCGCCAGCGCGUGCCGUUGCGCAGCGCUUUGGAAGCCAGUGUGACCUACAACAUAGAAUAACAAGGGCGCUGAAUGUAUGCACUUAGGUCCUUCAAUGUCUGUAGCAAGAUGCUGCAGAUCUUCUACAAGUCUGUUGUUGAGAGUGUGAUCUCUUCAGCCAUCGUCUGUUGGGGUAGCAGCAUCAGAAGCAGGGACCUGAAAAGGCUCAACAGCCUAAUAACAAAGGCUGGUUCUGUUCUGGGGACGACUGUGGAACCGCUGGAGGAGAUGAUGCAAAGAAGGAUUCUCCAGAGAAUCAAGACAAUGAUGGACAACCCUGAGCAUUCUCUUCACAAGACUGUCCGACAACGGAAGAGUGUCUUCAGUCAGAGGCUUCUUCAGUUUGGCUGCAACACUGACCGCUACUGGAGAUCCUUCCUGCCAACAGCCAUUGACACAGAGCCAGUAGAAGAUCAGAUUAACUCCAUGAAGAUGGGAAUCUUGACCGUUAUUGAAGACGAUGUUGCCACCGUCCAGUCAAGCCCAAACAUAAGGUUCUUUGCUGUUGUGCUGGAAGAACAGAUUGUUGUGGAUGAAGUAAGUGACCUACCAACUGCUUUUGCUCUCCUCUUUGGCCUCAUCUAUGCCCUCAACAUGGACUACCCUAAGGAACUAAAAUACACUUUUGAGACCAUUCAAAAAGUGUUCAUGUGCCUUGAUCCCAAAUGCUCAGCAAGAGUCCAGUCCUUCAAAAACAAGCUGUUACAGUAUUGACAUUCUAAUGUACCGGUCUCCUCCAGUCAUUUUCAUGGUUCUAAAUGUUAAUGUUUUUAAUCUCACGUUUGUAAGUUCACCAUGACCAGUGAAGUUUUCUUCUUCUCUAACAUUUUUGCUGCUUUUGUAGUUUAUCGCUGCAACUGAUUGUUAGUAGUUUCAUAUUACUUAUGGCAGCAUGUACUGUAUAUGCCUUCAAUGAAACAAAUUAAUUGUAACUCAGGCGUUACUUAGCUGUAUCACCACAUUUCAGAUUCAUGUGAUUUAAAAUGUUGAAAUCAGAUUGGUAACAAAGCAUUUGUAAAAUUAAUCUUCAGCAUCCAAUAUCAAUUCUGAUGAUUUGUCUUUGUUUUGAACAGAAAUAUGUCUUCAUUUUCAGGUCAAAAUAACCUGGUACUGGGUAAUAAUUAUUGAUUUUAUCUUGUCUUUAUUGCUGAAGCAGUUAGAGCGUUACCUUUUCAAAGAUGGAAGUUCACAUGUAUAGGCUGUAAGAAAGUAUUUUACAACACUUGCACUAGCAACUUGUUAUAUAUUUGCCAUGUUAUUAGUUUAAGUGGCCGAUAUAUGUUAUUGUAGUGUUAAUGCUCCUAUAUUGGUAAUGAGAUUUUGAAUUUUACACAUUUUGUAACCUUUUUAAAUGUGCCAUUAGCAUGUUAAUAAAUACAUGCAUGAAAUUGGAAUAUUCCGUUUUGUGUUUUUGAUGAAAGUGUUGUUUGUCAGCAAAAUGUGGGAAGGACUGCACAGUUGAAUGAGUUUAUAGAACUGAAUUCAAAAGUUGAUUCAACGUACAAUAUUAAAGCAACUGGUUGCAAACCCUUUUUGAGUUCAGUCAACUUUUUGCAAGUAGAAAGUUGUGCCAACUUUUUUAUUUAAGUUUAUCUGGCCAUUGACUCAACUACUUAUUCUAAGUUUAGAGAACUAUGUAUCCCAAUUUUGCCAAACUUAUUAUCGUUAGUUCAGUAAACUCUUUAUUCCUGGUUCUACAAAUGUUACAUUUCAAUUUGGUUGUAUUUAUUAUUAAAAGUAAGCAUAAAAUGCACAUAUAAAUUAGGCUAACUUAAAUAUGAGACUUGGCAAAGCAAGCACCUAAAAAGUUGACUGAACUUAAAAUUGUAUUGCAACUGGUUGCUUUACUUUUUUAAGUUCACUGGACUUAAUCAAGUAUUUUUGAAUUGA